AUGCCUCUGGAUGGCAAGCGCAUCAUAUUAUGCCUGGACGGCACCUGGGUCAACAGCGAUAAGGGAUACGAGCGUCCGACCGCGCAAGACCCAAAUGACACGCUUGCCAUCCCAACUAAUGUGACUCGUGUUUACCGUUCCCUGCGGAAAAGAGGGUUCGACGGGGAGAGCCAGGUCAUGUACUACCACCCCGGUGUGGGUAGCACUGGCGGCAUAUCGGACUCCAUUACAGGUGGGGUAUUUGGGACCGGAGUUGGUGAAAAUAUCAGAGAAGCGUACAGUUUUGUCGCAACGAAUUAUGAGCCCGGGGAUGAGAUUAUUCUAAUGGGUUUCUCGCGUGGGGCGUUCACGGCGAGAGGUGUGGCUUCACUGAUCGAUGCGAUUGGUCUUCUCAACUCGGAUGGGAUGGAAAUGAUUUACCCCAUCUUCAAAGAUGCGGAGAAUAUGGAGGAUCCUGACUACAAGGAUACAUUUCCUACUAUUCCAUUUCGAAACAAGCCUCGUCGACCAAACAAUGGAAAGGAGUACAGGCGUCGGCUAGAAGAGGACGGAUUGACAAGAGUUUACAAUCCAGAUGGACACCGCAUUAAGAUACGCUGCAUCGCAGUCUGGGAGACAAAUAAUACAUUGCAAUUUUACGAUACCCGCCUCUCAAACACAACAGAAUACGCAUUCCAGGCUCUAGCCCUCGACGAAGACCGCACAUCCUUCGCGCCAGCAAUAUGGGAACGCCCAGAUGGCGUACAUACCGACCUCCGCCAAGUAUGGUUCUGUGGCGCACACUCCAAUGUCGGCGGCGGACUCCCAGACCAAGAACUCGCAAAUGUCUCUCUAGCCUGGAUGAUGGAUCAACUGACUUCCAUUGGCGUAGCUUUCUACGACGAUACAAUAGACAAGGUAUUCGAGCGAAGCGUACGCUACUUCUUCGACCACCCGCACGGCUCGGAUGCCGAAUCCUCAUCCAACUCGGAACAGUGGAGACAAUGGGCCGAUUUAUCUGUCUACGACGAGCACAGGCCUGUUAGACCGUGGGGUCUGGGCGAGAUCAUUCAGCCUGAUACAGGGCUCUAUCACCUUGCUGGGAAGACGACUCGCACGCCGGGGCAAUAUCGGCGUAUUGAUCCCGAGACUGGGAGAACAACGUCCCGGUUCUUGAUUAAUACAAAUGAGAGGAUACAUCGGAGUGUGCGCAUUCGGCUGGACCUUGGAGGGUUGGGGUAUGAUGAUGUGGGUUUGUACAAAUGCAAGGCUUUGUUGAAGAAGGGGCCUUGGGAGCUUAAACGCGUGAGGGCUGUUGUCAGUCGAAAGGUACAGGAUCUGGAUGGCGAUAUGGGAGAUGUUAUUGAGAAGUUUGAGGAUGAUCGGUGGGGAUGGAUUUAUGCGGGACCUAAAGAGGAUGCCCCACUCGAACUGAUUUUGAUGGAGGAGCCGUUGGGGCCAUAUGAGAAGCGGUUGCUUCGUCUCAGUAAAGGCCGGUCAUUCUACAAGUCUCUCCUAGAGCAGAGUAGACGAUAUUGA